AUGGAUUAUGGUAUGAAACGGCCAAAGACGGUGGUUACUGUCGCCGCUGGGUCACUACCCAGAUGGACACGCAUGAAGGUCAGGAUCAGAAAUGCUGCUUCAGUGUACUGCAGAACCGGCCUCUGGAAAACGUUGUCGAAUAAUUCGAACGACUCGUUCGACUGUGACCGAAAGCCGGCUCAACGAUCUGACGAAACACCCUUUGUAACGGACCUGAUUUCCGGGCCAAUCGCCACCACCCAUCAACUUCACUGGAGCGAUGAAAAAUCAAAAGUGCUUCAAAGGUUUUUGACCCGUCGAUAA